UUUUCGAUGACUGAUAGCAUAACAAUAUCUCCUCCGACGUACCACUUAAGACGAUGGGGCCCUUGACAGACCAAAACACGGCUGGGACGGACGAGCUUCUGCGGCAACUCAAAAUCAAAGUGGGAGUGGCAAGAAGGCUUAUCAAAGAAGCUGCCUCAUACGAGAAGGAAGCAGCCGCUCAGGAACAGAAAAUAGCGGGCAUGCGGACCGAAGGCCGGGACACCUAUGACAUCAAAAAGCAAGAAGAGGUACUCCAAGAGUCUUAUAUGAUGAUCCCCGACAGCAAAUCCCGCCUGCAAGCAGCCUUGGAACAUUUGGCGGCAUUCCUGACACAGAGCCGAGAUGUCAAGGAGGUGCAGGAAUCCGAUGUCUAUGCCGAGGCCAAUGAGCUAGCCACCCAACUCGUUACCGCUGACAGUUCAGGGUGAUGAAAGAAAGGUGUAUGAAGGGAGACUGUAAGAAAUUAACACAAAGGAAGGGAGGGAGGAUUGAAGAAGCAUGAAUAAGGAUAAUCUAGUGAGGACGGGGGAGAUGAAGGGCUCAAUUGGUCAACGACAUAAAAGAAAACGUGCUGACAUCCUCUGUAGAGAAAGACAAAGUGGAAGGGAAGUAUGGAGUGCUGCCAGCAGGAACCAGACGGGCGAUUCAAAAUGAAAACAAAUCACACCUAGACGCCGCGCA